UUUUAUAAUAUUUGUUAAUGACUUUAAAUCCUUUGUUUCUUUUUUCAUCUUCAAUCAACAACGCUAACUUUGUAUAUCGUGUGUGAUAUGUUAGCUAUAUAUAACUUACUGUGAUGAUAUUCCAGACAAUAAGAAGUCAGAUCAAGAAGAACCACAGUAUUUUGUUACUGGAUGGAGCUACUUCCCUCGGUCAUGCGUUCAUAUCUGUAUGUCUUGAUAUUGGUUGCAAUGUAUUCACAACCGUUUCCAAUUUCGCGAAGAAGAAAUUAUUGCUAAAGUAUUUUCCAAAACUAAAAGAAGAAAACACGAUUGACUGUAGUAUUAAAGAUAUCAAAUCCGUAAUUGGAACCAACGGUGAUAGGUCUUUAUGUGAUUUUGUAGUAAACUGUGGACAUGAAGUAUUGAUAGAGAAAUACUUCCGAUGUGUCGCCAGCUUCGGUUACUUGUUAGAUAUCAUUGAUGUGCCGGAGUAUAAAGUUAUUGGAAUGAAUAAUUUGACACCAGACAAGAAUUUUAUUUUAGUUUACUUACCCAAUUUGUUCAGACCAAACCAUUUGGAAGAAAAGAGACUUCUUCAAGCCAGAAUAAGUGAAGGCAUUGUCCGAGGAAUAGUAAAACCUCUCAAUCGCGUAGUUUACCCACUCACAGAAGUGAGCAAGGCUUUUCGGCUAUUCACUGCCAGUGAGUCUAAGGGUCGAGUGCUUCUCAAUAUGAAGAAUGCAGAAAUACCGCAAAUUGCUUUGUCGACAAUAACAUAUUCAAAAGGGACGCAAAUAGUCAUCAGUGACGCAACUGAUUUAGGAAUAGAAGUUGUUGAUAGACUUAUUAAUAAAGGGGCAAAAUAUGUGGUUCUGCAUUGCAAGACACGAUCUGGAUAUCUACAAUAUAAAUUACAUUCAUGGAAUACUUGUGGCGUGUCUGUAUCAAUAUAUUCAGACGAUCUACUCGAUGAGAAAGUUUGUAACGCCUUUUUCGAAAAAUCAAAAGUCAACGGGCCAGUUCACGGAAUAUUUAUAGUAGAACAAGUUAUGAAACAAAGUUAUGAACAUUUUAAGAAAAUAAAUAACUGCAAAGAUGAUUCUGUUGACCCAGAAGUAUCUAUUGUUCACAAUGUUAAUGAAGUGUCGAGUAAAUUAUGUCCUGAACUAAGAUCAGACAAAUGA